UCCAGCCCGCUCCUCGCCGCGCUUCCCGCACACACCCACCCAUCCACCCGCCCGGCUCCGCAUCCUGCCGCCGUCGCCUCGUCUCCCAGCAUGGUCAUCAAGGUCUACAUCGCCUCGUCCUCCGGCUCCACAGCGAUUAAAAAGCAGCAACAAGACGUGCUAGGCUUCUUGGAAGCCAACAAAAUUGAGUUUGAGGAAAAGGAUAUCGCUGCCAACGAGGAGAAUCGGAAAUGGAUGCGGGAGAACGUCCCUGAGGACAGCCGGCCGGCGAGCGGCAACCCCCUGCCGCCCCGGCUCUUCAACGACAGCCGCUACCUGGGGGACUACGAAGCGUUCUUUGAGGCACGAGAGAACAACGCCGUGUAUGCGUUCCUAGGCUUGACUGCACCACCUGGUUCCAAGGAGGCCGAAGCGCUGGCGAAGCAGCAAGCGUGAAUCCCGACUGCCUUAACUGUUCUGUAAAGGGAAUCUCCACAGCUUUUUUUAUAAGAUAGUACAAUUGUCUCUGCUUCAAGAAAUAUAGAUGUGAUUUCUAACGUUUGAUUGGUGCUUGCAGCAUUCACCCUGCCACACAGAUCGGAACAUGAGAUGCAAAUGUGACCGGACAGGUAGAGAGCACGGAGUGUAUUGUUACGGAGGUGGAAGCAAUUAGACACAAACCAUUUCCAGGUAGUUGCAACUGUCUUGGCAAUUUGUCCCAUUUUGGGUAGACUCCCAAGAAGCUGGUUUAGUGCUAAUAGCACAGCUGGGCUUGCACCUUGAGAUCCAGCUGUUUCAACCAGAGGAAACGAGCAACAGCGUCUGAAGCCUAAAAACUUGGUGCCUGAGCUGCCUCAAAGCUGUUCCCGAAUUCCACAGUAAUCCGUGUCCUUGCUGGUUUCAGGUGAAGAGGUGGGUGGGGUGGUGUAGUGUAGCUGUUGUAGUCACUGCUGGAAGUUGUGUUUGUUCUUUUGUAGAAUGGUUAUUUAAGAUUUGUCUCGUACCAGGCUGUACAGGUGACACACCCCCAGUGGUGCCCUGUGUUUCUCACCCAAGUGAUCCAUCCGCCUUCUUUCCACAAAGAAAAAGGGAUCUGGGCAGCGGAGAACCUUUCCCUUGGCAAAGUUCAUCACCCAGCUGCCUCAGCACCACUCGACUGCAGCCUGUGUGCCAGCCUCGGUGCACCCCUGUGGCGCAGGUGCUGCUUCCCAGGCGAUGUUGCAAACGAGCCAAAGGGGCGGGAGUGGCAUUUCCUUACCUGUGGAAGGGUGCAAGCCUUCCCUGUAGUCCUCUGCAGAACUCCCUGUUCACUCUGCUUAGAGCAUUAGGCAUCUUCCUGCAUGUUCACACAGCCCUUAGAUUCAUAGAGUAUUUUUUCAAGCCAAGAGAGAAACGUUGGGAUAGCAAGAGCUUAUUGUCAUUAAGCAAGACUUUUUGGGCUGGGGGGCUUUAGGGUUUUUUAAGGUUUGAAAAACUUCUUUCCAUUGUUCUUGCCAUGCCAUGAAGCUCUUACAGGAACUGAGAAUCCUUUCAAGUGAAUUGUGUUGGUGAACUUACCACGUGCAAUAUGAACCUCUCUGUUCUCCCAGUGCUCAGAGAACCACAGAAUGCUUUAGGUUGGCAGGGACCCUUCAAAGGUCAUCUAGUCCAACCCCCUUGCAGUCAGCAGGGACAUCUUCAACUACAGCAGGCUGCUCAGAGCCUUAUCCAACCUGACCUGAAAUGUUUCCAGGUAUGGGGAACCUACCACCUCUCUGGGCAACCUGGGCCAGUGUCUCACCACCCUCAGUGGUAUCCUUGUAUCCAGUGGUAUUCUUGUAUCCAGUCCAAAUCUUCCUCUUUUAGCUAAAACUGUCA